AUGUCUGGAAGAGGCAAGGGCGGUAAAGGUCUUGGAACAGGAGGCGCGAAGCAUCACCGCAAAGUUCUCCGUGAUAACAUCCAGGGUAUUACUAAGCCCGCUAUCCGCCGUUUGGCUCGCCGUGGCGGUGUCAAGCGUAUUUCCGGCUUGAUCUACGAGGAGACCCGCGGUGUGCUCAAGGUGUUCCUUGAGAACGUCAUCCGUGAUGCCGUCACCUACACCGAAUAG